AACGCCGCUUCAACAAAGCUUCGUUGAAGCUUUAUAACUACUUACUUUACCUUUUGGGCAGUUCGCCUUCUGGAAGCUGCAGUUAUACUGUAAGCAUGCCAUUUUGGAACUAAUUAUGAGUCUCAGAGGAUACCACUCUACUCUAUGCCCGGACGAUUCCACAUUCUCUAACCAGCUUGGCAUUCGAUUUGUGCAAGGUGACUCCAGAUUUUACAUCACACAAGAUUCUCCGUGUCAUCUAGACUCCCUUAUAAAUAAAGAAAUUGGCGAUAAAGGUCUAAAUUGAUUGCUGCUACUUCCUCGCAAACACUUCACGUCACCAGCCUGUAGCGAUUAUCGUUGAUCGCAUUGCGAAACCUCCUACGAAAGCAAGACCGAAUUCUCAAGCCUCAUCUCGCACCUGCCGUUGUACCAACACAUCUUUCUUUGGAUCCUCACAACUAUACGACUAUUGCUCAUUUCAUCACUGUCCGAGUCUUCCAGAGUCGUUCAACGCAUCAUCCAAGCUUCAUCUGCUACAGAUACAUUAUACCCAGCCAUUGCGCAGAUCGUGCAUAUCGUCAAACCUUUGGGAUAUGCAGAAUCCAAUGAUUCAUUUCUCGUGACCUCGGCGAGCCCAGCACACGAGCUCGCGUUAACCAACCGGCUUUCUGCAAAGUUCAGUUCAUGUAUCUCUUUUUCCAACGCAAGUAUCACGUAUGGCGAGGAGGUCUCUGAUUCAGAGACGGAUCCCGCAUCGAGAGCUGCGAUUUCUCUUCGUAGAGCCACUUAUGGCGCACUUGUUAGCAUGGAUGUACACGGACGAAAUGUCAAAAUGCGGCACCCCGAAGUCCGACGUGCGUAUAGAUAUACGUUUCUCUGGUACACACCUCUUGAUGGUCUUGCCUUACCGGAUACCUUCCCUCCUUCCAAUAUUCCUACUUGGCUGGAGAUCGGCCACAUCUUGCAUAAGGUUGGCCACUCAAAAUACUGUGUUGAACGCCUGGAAUACUCAUCCAAAUAUCAAGACGGGCAUCCAUCUCAGUAUCAUUAGUCCAGAUUGGGCCGGCGACCUAUCGGAUGUCUUCAAUGGAUUGCUAUGUGAAGAGGUCUCUCCUAAUAUCGUAUUCGGAGCAGUGCCGGAUCUACCUCAAGCCUUCCGUGUGUUUGAGUUCACGCUUUUGCCAGGUUUAAGCCCUCUUGCUCUGCCAAGGGCUUUGUCUCUGCAGGGCCCUAAAAUGGAGCACGCCGACACUUCUGCUACUUCGUCUGGAACGGCAGAGAAGAAAUCAAUACGCCCAUUACUCGCUCAGCCUGUUGCUGAGUUAAGACAUCCCUUACAACGCCACCUUCAUCCGCGCAGACAAUACCAUCGUGCCAGCCCUCCUGACCGACAUCAGCUACAACCCUUCGAACGUUCGCUAUCUCCCUUCAAGAACCGCCGUGAUACACAAUUCACUCAUUCGUCACAUCCAUGUACUUCUGAAACAAUCUCUACUGUCCGAGUGGAUCCCGUCUUACCCACCGCUGCUAUUGCUGUUUCUCCUAUAUUAGCCGAAGCCCCAAUGCAAUUACAGCAUCGAGCAACACCUGCGGAGCAUGAACCCACGGCGUUCAUCACGUACGUCCAACCUCGCCAGACCAUCCCCAAACCGGCAAUAUCAGCUCAUACAUCGCCCUCGAUACAACCGCAUCCACCAAUGACGGGCUCUAAUUCGUUACAGCCAGUCACACCUCUUGCGUGGAACGUACACACUAGUUCCCCAUCGGGUGAUCCUCCUAUAGGAUCGAGGAAGAGGAAAGCGUCAACCCAAGGACAGUUACGUCCUUCGCAGAGAGCAUCCACGCGACCGUCUAAACGUACAAAGGUUCAACCCAACAUUAUCCCGAGCCCUUCUGGUGACACACCGCUAGCGGCUAGAUAUGCUGUCAAGAUGGAACCUUCGGAUGUGGCGGAAUAUGUGUUAAAUUCAGCAGAGAAAAUCACGGGUUGUAUGGCCGGAGAGCCCAACGUUACUGAAAGCACAAGGGAUCAGAUAGAGGUUUUCUCAGUCAUGUCACUACCUAAGCAAGGCCUUUACACAGGAUCCUGUCUUGACGGAGCGCUUGGAUCACCGUCCUAAUGAUACUCUGAGUUAUGAGUCUGCCAGAAGGCGACAAUUUGUAUUCUACCAGAUACCCACACCUCUGAUGUAGCCCUAAAUGAUUUUGCAAUGCGUGAAUGGGGUUUCCCCUGUCUUCUCU